CAUUCGUUUCAUUUUACUGCCCAUUUCAACACAUUCUGUGGCUGAAUAUUUAUAAAGUGAUUAUUUUCCUAAAAAUCAUAACUUUUUAAAGGAAAAUUUCAAUAAACAAUAAAUAACAGACAUGGCUCUUAAUAUGUUGCUACGUAAUGCUACCAAAAUCAACAGUGCUGCUGGUUUAAUGAAAUCCGCACGUUUGACCCCCUUGAAGACCUAUGCCACAGUAGUAGCCGCUCAACGUAAUGCCUUGGUUAAACCCUUGAGCUUGGUCAAAAAUGCUACCCCCAUAAGCCGUAACAUUGCAUUGAGUGCUCCACGUCUGUCAGCUGAGGGUGGUAAUCACACUGCUUUGUGGACCAUUGAACGUGGUGUUUCCGUAGCCCUUUUGGCAGUUAUUCCCGCAGCCUUUUUAUUGCCUUCCCAAUCCAUGGAUGCUCUGUUGGCUGUAUCCUUGGUUUUGCACACCCACUGGGGUAUUGAAGCCAUGGUUACCGAUUAUGUGCGUCCCGCUGUAGUAGGCAAUGUUUUACCUAAAGUUGCUCAUGGUUCUUUGUUGUUGAUUUCUAUGGCCACUUUGGGUGGUCUUUUCUAUAUGAUUUACAAUGAUAUUGGUAUUGCCAAGUCGGUUAAGAAAUUGUGGGCCGUUAAAGGCGUUUAAGCACAUUUAGAUUCCACCUCCAGAUGCCAUCUAUUGUGAAAUUUUCCUUUGUUAUACAUUUUUAGUUAAAACAACUAGAAAUUUGGCUUCUUUUGCAGCUGAAUAUAAUGGUGAAAGUACUAAAUAAAAUGUUUGAUUUUAAGUUAAAAAACGUGUAGAAUUUCAAUAUGAUAUUCAAUUUGAAAAAUAUAUAUUUAAAAAUAAAUAAAUAAAUAAAGCGAA